ACAAAAGGACCGGAACGGCCGGCGGUGGCUCGGGGCGCAGCGACAAGGAGGGCUGGAGAGCCGGCCCGCCCCCCGAACCGGCCACCCGGACCCAGCGAGGCGCAGCCUCUCCCGACCUCAAACUACCUCAGCAGCCCCGCGCCCUAACGACCCCGUCCCUGCCGAGCCGGCGGCAGCCGCUUCCUUCGCCGCGUACCCCGCGUUGGGGACUUGGGCGCACGGAUAGUAGUUCUUUCUGUUUUUCACCUAAGUUGAAUAAGCACCUUGCGCACUUUAAUUUCUACUCAGAGCCAUUCCGACUAAAGACAAAAUUUUGAAAUCUCACUAUAAAGACAUCCAGCCAAAGUCUCAAGCUUGCCUUAACAAUGUUCCAGAGGCUGAAUAAAAUGUUUGUGGGUGAAGUCACUACAUCUUCCAACCAAGAACCAGAAUUCAGUGAGAAAGAGGAUGAUGAAUGGAUUCUUGUGGACUUCAUAGAUACCUGCACUGGUUUCCCAGCAGAGGAGGAGGAAGAGGAAGAUGACAUCCUUGAAGAGCCACCUACUGAGCAUCCUUCCGUCUUCUCCUGUUUGCCUACAUCUGUGGAGUGCUUGGCUGACACAACUGAUUCCUGUUUCCUCCAGUUUGAGUCCUGCCCAAUGGAGGAGAGCUGGUUUAUCACCCCUCCCCCAUGUUUCACCGCAGGUGGAUUAACCACUAUCAAAGUGGAAACAAGUCCGAUGGAAAACCUGCUCAUUGAACAUCCCAGCAUGUCGGUCUAUGCUCUGCACAACUCCUGUCCUGGUCUCAGUGAGACCAACUGCAGGACCGAGGAAUUUCAAGAUCCGGGUAGUCCCAGAGUGGAAGCUCAGAAUGAGAUGGAGCAGCACAUCCGCUGCUAUGUCGCAGCUUUUGCUGCUCAUGCAGCUUUUCUGGAACAAUCCAAGAGCUUUCGCCCUUCCCAGUGGAUGAAAGAACAUAGUGAAAAACAGUCUCUGAACAGAAAUAGCCUUCGUCGCCAAAAUCUUACCAGGGAUUGCCACUCCCGGCAAGUCAAGCACAAUAGCUGGGUUGUUCACCAGCCCUGCCCGCGUCAGUACAAUUACUAAGAAUUUCAAGUUUUGGUUGGUCUCACUGGAUUUGUGUACACACAUGGAUUUGUGCCAUGAGCACACUGUUUCUUCACAGCCAGUGGUGACCAGUCACGUUGUGGAUACUUUUGAAAACCCUGUUUAUGUGCCGGGUACCACAUAACGCCUUGCUCCUAAUAUUUACUUUUUUGUAGAUUUUUUUCAGAAUAUUUUUUGACAUAUCAAUACAAGUUACAGUGUUUGGUGUUGGGGGGUGUCUUUAUUGACGUGUACAUGAAUUAGCAUUUUAAAGACAUGUCUUCCCAAGUAUAAGAAUAGGCAUCUUUUGGUUUUGUUUUAUUUUGUAUUAAUCUUCUGAGUAAACAAAAAUUUAUUCUCAGGGUCAGCCAUACACUUUAUUGACCAGUACUUGAUCAUCUUUUCUGUAUAUAAUGAAUACAUUUUUACACUAACAUGAGCAUUAACAAAUGCGAGUUGCCACGGAUAUAGUGGAAUUAUGGCUGGACUCCCUUUUGAAAGAAAACUUGAUACAUUUCUGUGUGUGUGGUUUUGUGGGGUUUUCUUUUUUUUUUUUUUUUUUUUUUCCAGAUUAGUAAUGCAGUUCGUGUUGGAAUUCAGGUACAUUAAGCUUUAGUGAGCAGUACUUUAGUAAUUGUUAUCUGACCAGUGAUGUGGUACAGACAUUGGCAGAUGUCGUGGGCAAAGGCACGGGUCUCCUGUGCAAAGGGAUUAUAUUAGGUUUGCGAAAUGACGUGGAAGACCCAAGUCCCAGCCUGACCCCUCUUCACCUCAUAUUUUAAGCUGUUUUUUAGUUCUUUCCUGCUAGCUCUAUUGCCCACCUCGUGUGAGCAAUGAACUUGGGUGUCAUUUGGGCACUUGGCAUGACUGCACAUGAUAUAUGUGUGUGUGCAGCUUUGUGCUUGUGCCUGAGAAAAGGAGUAGUCUUCUCAUGUGCACUUGCGCAGACGAGGAGCAGCCCUCUGCCCUCAAGCCCUGCCUGCCCAACUCAGGCACGGGCCAGGGUGGCUUUCUGGCGAUGGCUCUCCCAGCACCUGAAGCGGGGUAACGGGGUAACUUUAAGAAUUCAUUUUGCGUUUUUACUUCAGACACUCUGAAACCACUCUGGCCUCGGGUGGGGGGCCUCCACCACCGAGAGGGGAGAAGUAUCACUCUGGGCCCUCUCAAACUGAACCUGUGCGAACUUCCGAGGCCUUCCUACUGACUCUAGUGAUGGCGGACUGGGGCACCGCUGUCACUGCUGUUGCCCACGGCAUUGGUGCUACUGUGGCCAGGGCAGAAAGUUCCACUCACAUGUAGGCCAGUUGCCUUGACUCGAAGCAAAAU